AGCGAAUUUCAAGCCAAACGAUUUCGGGGCUCAAACAUUUUUCCAAACGAAGCCUAGUCGGUGAAAUUGGCUUCCCCUCCCCCAACCCUUCAACAUACCUCACUGUCUGUCUGUGUAUGUUGCUUCCAUUCCAACCUUGCAAUCGUCAUUGAUGAAUCCUCAAACGACUCCUCCUGGAUAUGUUGCAUAUCAAGGAGUACCCACUGAACAACUUUCAGAGGAAUCAGCAGCAGCAGCAUCAACAACAACAACAGCUUCUACCCUCUUGAUUCGUCACCUUCCUGAAGCUAUUCCUUCUGACACCCUUUCUCGCCUCUUCUCCCACUAUGGUGCUUCCUCUGUCCGUCCUUUCUCUGCUGGAAGGGUGAGAAACUGUGCGUUUGUUGACUUCAAGAGUGAAGCUUUGGCGUCUCAAGCACAUCGUCAGUUAAAUGGGUUGUGUUUUCUGGGGAAAGUCUUGUCAGUGGAAAGAGCUAAUAAACCAACAGAGAAUAAUAAAAAUCAACAAGGUGCAGGUCAAUCAGGGACACACUCUUCAUCUUUGACGAAGGAUUCUACUCCAAACAGAGACCUCAAUGAAGGAUCCAAAUUGGGGUCCUUUUCUGCUAGUGAACCUAUUGCUGAAAGACUUGGUGUUGACUAUCCCUUUCCUCCUCACCUUGAGUACGCUUACCCUCCACCAGAUGGAAAUAUUCUUACCAACAUUGUAAAUGCUCUUAUUGCUGUUCCUCGAUUCUAUACACAGGUAUUACACUUGAUGAAUAAAAUGAAUAUUCCUGCUCCAUUUCGUAUGGCACUUCCCACCCCACCUCUACCGACUUCAGUAGUAGUACCAACUCCACCUCCGCCACCCCCUCUGCCCCCUCCAAUAGCUACUAAGCCUCCUACGGCUGAUCUGUCUAGUGGUGAGUCAGAAUUGGAGUCUUCAGAUGAGGAAGUUGAUGGCAAGACCCAUCCCAUUGGGGUUCCACAGGUAGCAAGACCUAAACGAAAGCGCAUCAAGCGAGAAGCUAUUGUAGGGCCUGCAGUGGAUAAAUAUGUGGCUCACGAGGCUGUUGGAUUGAAACCUGCCAACUUGGUCCCAAAAGAGAUCCCAAUGAUAAAAAAGAAGAACCCUGUGUUACAGAUCAAAAUUAUGCCUAAACAAGUCCAAAGUGAGCAAACAGAAAUUGACAUGGAGAAAGAAUCAAUGGAGCCAGAUAAAGAGAAUUUAGAUUUUAGACCUUAUGCAACACCAGAAGAAUUGAAGAGUGGAAAGUUGCCUCCAGAGGAAAUCUUAUCACUUCCAAUGUUUAAGAAUUAUAUGGCUGGGAAUCCUGCUUCUGUGUUGUACGUAAAGAACUUGGCAAAAGAUGUGGUUGUUGACGACUUUUAUUUCAUAUUCGGAUCGCUAUUCGAAAGCAUUGAUGCAGCUAAAUCUAGUCUAAGUGUUAAACUGAUGCAGGAGGGACGAAUGAGGGGACAAGCUUUUGUGACAUUUCCAUCCAUUGAACUUGCUCAUCAUGCGUUGAAUCUAGUGAAUGGGUACGUGUUCAAAGGGAAGCCAAUGAUCAUCCAGUUUGGCCGGAAUACCACAACUACUGCCAAAACAAACUAAACAGAAUUGAUUUGACAACUGGAUCUAUUUGCCCUAUGGCUGCCAUGGACCUGACAUAUAGGACUCGUGCGCUUGCCAGACAUGGUUGACAAUUGCUUUUUUGGAGUCUUGUUAACUAACAAGACGCUACGGGAUUAGUAUGACAUUGUUUUGGCCAAUGUGUCAUUGCUUUCAUCUUCCAUGUAUUUUGAGUAAGACAGUAUAGAGCAUGCAUAAUCAGGCGGCAGGCUGCAGAGACACUUGGGGAUAAUUUUGUUCUAUAUAGGGCUUACCUUAGCAGUGUCAUGCAUAUCUUGAACUAGUCAUUUUUUAUUUUUUUUAGUUUCUUAUUUUUCCGUUUCAUGUGUUAAUAUUAUGUUUUUCUUUUCUUUUCUUUUCUUUCCUUUUAUUUUUGGCCUUCAUAGCUAUAGAGAUUGUAUUUGGUGCUAGUAGUUGGAAUGAAAAGAUGUAGAAACAAGAGUCAAUAGAUUCAAUUGUAUGUUUUGCAGUUCAUUUGCUUCUACUGACAUUUUGAGAUUUCCGCC